AUGUCCACACUUAGCGCUUCGCGUCCAAUGAUUUCUUCUCCGCUUGCUGGUCCAACCCAAAACGCCAGGGCCCCACCGCCACAAACGAGGCCAUACGGCGGUGCUUUCCCAACAUCUCGCGCCCUACGUCCGUUCUCGACAGCCGCCAACGCUGGCAAGAAACCGGUGAAAAUCAUCCAACCACCCGCGUCGCAGAAGGAUUGUUUUGUGCUUGACCUAACCCAGGCGGAGCUGAGUCGGAGAUAG